AGUAGGGGGAAGUUGACCUUCUAAUAUCUUUACUCUGAAGCCCCCCACCCCACCUAUUCCUCGAUCCAAAUGUUUAACAAUCCUCCCCCCUUGCCCUUCACCAAAUCUUGCAUCCCCAUCUCUUUUGGUAAUUAAUCCUUCGCAGAUUUGGUUACCGUUUUCCCCUUCUUCUGCCCACAUAUAUUUCUUUCCGUGUUCGUGGAGUGUUUGCUUCUAAUCUGCCGAGUUUAGUGUUAGUCGAGAUGGCAGAAGGAAACGUUUCAAGAUAUGUGAAGUUAACAAAAGAACAAACUGAUGUAGAGGAGAUUAAGCCUGGUGAACUAAAUCAGCCCAUUGAAGUUCCUCAUUUGGAAGUUUGCAAAUGUAAUGAAUGUGGGCAACCUUUACCAGAGAACUUUCAGCCUCCAGCAGACGAGCCUUGGACUACUGGGAUUUUUGGAUGUGCUGAAGACACUGAAAGCUGUUGGACAGGACUAUUUUGUCCUUGUGUUCUAUUUGGUAGAAAUAUUGAGAGCUUGAGAGAUGAUACCCCCUGGACUACACCAUGCGUUUGCCAUGCUGUUUGCGUUGAAGGUGGCAUCGCACUGGCAGCAGCAACAGCUGUCUUCCAUGGCAUUAACCCUAGCACAUCAUUUCUUAUUUGUGAGGGUUUACUUUUUGCUUGGUGGAUGUGUGGCAUAUACACUGGUCUUGUUCGACAGUCUUUACAGAAGAAAUAUCAUCUCAAGAAUUCACCUUGUGACCCAUGCAUGGUGCACUGCUGCAUGCACUGGUGUGCUUUGUGCCAGGAGCACAGGGAGAUGAAGGGGCGUCUAUCAGAUAAUUUUGUCAUGCCAAUGACCAUCGUCAAUCCUCCACCUGUUCAAGAGAUGAGUGCCACCACUGAAAACCAGGAUUCCACUCCAUCCUCUGAAAAGAGCACCAGCUUGGAAAUGCAGCCUCUGUAAAAUCCGUUCAUACAAUAGUACUAAGGAAGCGAAUUUGAUCUUGAAACUGAUUUUUUUGUUUUUACAGAGAAUUUCAUUGCACAAGAAAUUACUGUACCCCCUUGUGUAUUAAAAGAUUCAGAACAGUCAUACAGUUUUACCCUUGUUGAAACUUUUUUGUAGAGUAAAGUUUACUUUUGAUUAAUGAGGAUGCAUUCUCAUUCA